AUGACUGAAAAUAGUUGGUUUCGUGAUUAUUGUGAAAAAACGACUUCACAUUGUAUGCAGUAUUUUGUGAUGAAGGAUAGAUCACCCGUAGAAAAAUUGUUUUGGAUUCUGACGUUUCUCUGUAUGAUAUCAAUUACGUGUGGCGCUUUAAGAGUUUUGAUAGACGUUUGGAUUGAUAGUCCAACCAUCAUAUUCAUUGAAAACACAGAAUCAGCCAUUCAAGAUAUACCUUUUCCGUCAAUUAAUAUUUGUCCAUCAAGCCAACUACGAAAAUGGGUUUGGGAGAAACACAUGAACACGAACACCUCCUAUUGGGAAAAUCUUCAACAUUAUCGCUAUGGACUAUGUUCCUUAGAUUUUUACAAUUAUAUCGGAGACAAAAAAGCUUCAAGAAAUUAUUUUGAUAAAGAUGUAAUCAUGCGUUUGAUUAACGAUUGUGCAAUUAGCUGUUCAGAAGUAUUUCAAUUGGAUGCGAAAUGGGAAAAUUUGACAGUUUCAAAUUUUUGCCAGUUUGUUCAACCAAAACUGAGUUUACUUGGAUUAUGUUUUUCAGUUAAUAUGAUGCCAUCAUUUCAAAUGCUUAACAACGAAUAUAAUCAAAGAUAUUUAAAUUUUUUUUUAAAAAACAAUUCCUAUAUUGUUACCGAGAAAUCAAAUUGGAAUUUAGAUGAUGGAUACCCACCAAAUUCAGAGAACGAUCUUCUUGUCAACAUAAACCCUGCUAGAACAAGCGGUGUUAGUCACUACCACCGUCUUAGAUUGACGAUAAACAUAUUGGACCAAGAAUUUUUUAGUUGUUCGUCUCAAAGUCAUUUUUUUAUUACAUUAUCUCACCCAGCUGAAUAUUUUUUGACCGAUCCUCGAUCUUUUAUCAAACCAGACACAUACACUAAAAUACAAAUCACUCCAUUCGUGAAAAAAAUUGAUUCUCAGUUAAAAUGGCGUUCUUUAGAAGCCAGGAAAUGCUAUUUGCACAACGAGAGAAAAUUAUCUAUUUUUCAACAAUACACACAGGUGAAUUGUAAUAUGGAAUGUGUCUUAAACGAAACUUUAACCAUAUGUGGCUGUGUUUCCUUCGACAUGGUUUAUUUAGUGGCACCCAGUGUUCAAAUUUGUGGUGUCUCAAAAAGAGAAUGUCUGAUAAAAGCUCAAAAAGCAACCUAUGAGCCGGAAAUGCAAUUAAUAUGCAAAUGUUGGCCAACAUGUUCUGUGGUUGAAUAUAAAAUUGCAUAUACGUCCCACUACGAUGAUUGGGCUUAUAUGAAAUUAACAAAUAUUGUAAAGAAUAAUUCCAGAGGUGCGACGGUUGAGUUCGUUUUCAAUAAGCCAUAUUUCACAGCAUAUACAUCCACAUCUAUUGUAGACCUAGACUCCCUAAUAAGUAAUAUUGGUGGAUUAAUAAGUUUAUGUUUGGGAUUAAAUUUAAUCAACUUGUUUGAAAUACUAUAUAUCAUGAUUAAAAUGAUCGUCAAUUACAUUAUACACAUGUUUGAUAAUACAUGA